ACAAAAGACAUCCACCGUAAUGUGGUGCAGGGGGGAGAACAGAAAGCAAAAAUAAAGGCGACCGGCUCAUACUACUAUCCUUAAAUCUUCUCAUCAGAUUAAGGUCAGGCCUUUGGCUUUGGGAGGGCUUUAAGAUGUCACUUGAAUUUAACCUCUAGUACACGGGACCAACUGCAACACAAAUAGGGGUCAAGAGGUGAUAAUAUUUCGGACUGUUCACUUCGAUACCGGCAAGACAUCCGUAUGGGUGUUCACGUGCCUGCACUUUAACGGUUUCACAGACCACGCGCAUUAAAUGUGCUUAAAUUAUUAACAACCCAAAAACAUACACGAGGAACGUUAAUAAUGUGUGCCUAAUCACGAUCGGCUUUUAAAAUGCCUUUGUGUUUGUGAUGCACUGUUGGAGAGCUUAAAUCUGGCAGGCACUGUAUUGUUCACGGCUGAGAUUUUCACAUGCAAAAAAAUCGAUAUUUUCAAUUGUUCAAUCGUUUUAGUGCCUUCGAAAUUCAUAAAUAUGGAUUGGCAACACAUUAGAAUAAUUAAAUCUCUUCAUUUUAUUGAAUUUGAAAUUGCCCUCUUCAACGCAACGGCUCGGGCGAGCUCACGGCGAACUCGGGGCGAAAUCGCUGCUGUCAUCGUUGCGUUUCGUUAACCUUUUUGACGAAGCUAAACGUCAGCCGUCAGCAGCCCACCCGAUUGAACGAAAGAAAUGGGUAGAAAAAUAAACAAAUACAGCACAGCACGUUCCAGACCGAGCAUAUUGUUGUUAGAAAAUAUGAGCUGUAAACAGAUAAAUUAAUAGUCGGACGAAGCGAUGCUGUGCGAAGGCUGUGCGUAAGAAUCUGUGAACAGCGUUGUGCAACCGAGAAUCUCCGGCCAUUGGUGUCUCUCUGUGUGUGUGAGUGCGUGUGUUUGGUGAAACGUUCACUGCUGCUUGCUCUCGCUGCUCCGCACGCAAACCAUGUCACUGCGGAAUGGGGGUCACGUUCGCUGGGCAUUUGACCUCGCGGGCUGGCGACCCAGUUUGGCGGAUCUGCUGCUAGCGACGUCCUGCAUACAGCCGGAGGAAAAGCUCACCCUGCAGCGGUUCGUGUUCCGGGACGAUUUCAAUGCGUCCCUCAUCGGGCGGCUCAUGAUGCGCCGGUUCGUCCAGCUGGCCACCGAUCUGGCGUACGACGAGAUCAAGUUUGAGCGCGAUUCGAAAGGCAAACCGUUCCUGAAGAAUGAGGGUGUGGCGGUCGACUUUAACGUUUCGCACCAGGGCCGAUACGCGGUGCUGGCCGGCAUGGCUACGAAGCGGCUGGAGGCUACCACCACCACCACCACCACCAGUCCGACGCCCAAGAUAGGCGUGGACGUGAUGAAGAUCGAGUACGGCGGGGGUAAACCGCUGGACGAGUUUUUCCGCCUGAUGACGCGCAACUUCUCCGACGACGAGUGGCGCUACAUACGCGGCCGCGAUGACGCCAGCGCGCAGCUGGAAGCGUUCAUGCGCAACUGGUGCCUGAAGGAGAGCUACGUGAAGAACGUGGGCGUGGGCAUUACGGUCGAUCUGAGGAAGAUUAGCUUCCGCAUCCAGACGGAGGUGCUGGCCCGGGACCGGGUCGUGUGCGAUACGACGCUGCGCGUUAACUCGGAAUCGAUGGGCAAUUGGCGCUUCGAGGAGUCGCUGAUCGAUCGGGACCAUUGCGUGGCGGUGUCGCUGGAGAACGUGCCGGCGGAGCAGGAUCUGAGUGGCAACUGUUUUGAGGUGAUUGAUUUCCGGACGCUUGUGGAGCAUCACAGACCACUGCUAGCGAUCGAUGAGAACUAUUGCGAGGGUAUUAUUAGCAAGGAGUACAAGAAGUCCAAGUGAGAGAAAGGGUUAGGUAGGAGGAGGUUUUUUAUUAGCAAACGGUGAUGGGUAACACAGGGUAACGUAGAACAGGGAGAGAGACAGGUAUUUUGCCGAUAUAAGCUCGAAGUUAAACAUUUUCUGGCCAUUUACUCUGCUAGGUUAAUGUAGGGCAAUUUGUUUUUUUGAUGGUAUAAGAAAAAUACACGAAUUUAGUCUGUAAGUAACGAAAGGUAAA